GACAACAUGGCAGUCCCAAUUCAUAUUGACGCCAAACGUCAACAACAUCUAUGAUAGUUUGGCUGUUUGAGAAGUUUUUAAGCGCAUCCGACAGGGAAAUUUACCACCAUGAGGACCCAAAAAAUUGUCAUAAUAUCUAUGGUUGUCAUUUUAAUAAUAUUUAUCGUUGAAGAUUCGGUCGUCUUAGGGAUGUCAUCGUCAGAAAAAGGAGAAUUAAGGGACAAAGUUUUGGAAAUGUUUCGACAUGCUUAUGAUUCCUAUAUGAAUCAUGCCUUUCCAGCAGAUGAGCUGAUGCCCCUGAGCUGUAAGGGUAGAUACAGGGGCACAAUGCCCAGCCGAGGUGACAUUGAUGACAGUCUUGGAAAUUUCACGCUGACAUUGAUUGACACCUUGGAUACUUUAGUGGUUUUGGGUGAAAUUGAAGAAUUUGAAAAGGCUGUCCAUUUAGUUAUUGAACAUGCUAAAUUUGACAGCGAUAUUAUAGUUUCUGUGUUUGAAACUAAUAUACGUGUACUUGGGGGGUUGUUAGGGGGUCAUGUAGUAGCUACAUUUUUAAAGAAAAAGAAAAAAUCCAUGGAUUGGUAUAAUGACGAACUUUUAUCAAUGGCCAAAGAGGUGGGAUACAGACUUCUCCCAGCUUUCAAUACAUCCACGGGUAUACCUUAUGCUAGGGUUAAUUUAAAACAUGGGAUUACUAAAGAGCUUUCAAAUCGUUGUAAGGACACUUGUACUGCAUGUGCAGGGACCAUGGUGCUGGAGUUUGCUGCCCUUAGUCGGCUGACAGGAGAGCCAAUAUUUGAGGAGAAGGCCCACAAAGCCAUGGACUAUUUAUGGCAGCAGCGACACAGAACCAGUGACUUGGUGGGCACUGUAAUCAACAUCCACAGUGGCGACUGGAUUCGCAGGGAGAGUGGUGUUGGAGCAGGAAUUGAUUCCUACUAUGAGUAUGUACUGAAGGCAUACAUCCUGCUGGGGGAUGACACUUACCUACAACGUUUUAACAAGCACUAUGACGCUGUGAUGAAGUACAUCAGUCAGGGUCCAAUGUUUGUGGAUGUCCACAUGCACAAACCUCUGUCUAUAUCCAGGCACUUUAUGGACUCCCUGCUGGCUUUCUGGCCCGGUUUACAGGUCCUGAAAGGUGACAUAAAACCUGCCAUGGAGACACACGAAAUGUUAUACCAGAUAAUGCAGAGACAUAACUUCCUACCAGAGGCGUUCACUACAGAUUUCCGUGUCCACUGGGGACACCAUCCACUGAGGCCAGAGUUUGUUGAAUCCACAUACUUCCUCUAUAAGGCCACAGGAGAUCCCCACUACCUCAAUGUAGGGAAGGAGGUGAUCAACAACCUCAACACCUACGCCCGGGUUGACUGUGGCUUCGCUGCAAUAAAGGAUGUGACAACUGGAGUACAUGAGGACCAGAUGGACUCCUACGUGCUGGCCGAGACGUUUAAGUACCUGUACCUGAUGUUCAGUGAGAAGUCAGACCGUGUACUGGAUAUUGAUGAUUACAUAUUCACCACAGAGGCUCACCUCCUUCCUCUUACACUGUCUACACUGUCUGUCACCAACGUGACAGCCAGACUACCAAAGGUGAGAAGUGAGGUGUACCAGGACAUGGGUGACUUUAGUGAGAGUUUUGAGAGUAUGUCCCACCCGUCAGACACUGUGUAUCUGGAGGACAAUAAGCACCACACCUGUCCAAACCUCCAACACCUAUACCAAGGCACCAAUAACUACGCCUUCAACCUCCGUUCCAAGGUCCAGAAUAUGGUUGAUAAAUAUACCACCAACUCUAAAAGGGAAGGCCACAAGCCACGGCUGCGGGCAGCUGACUUUAUUGCCGGUAACAAGGCUCAGCUUGACCUUCUGCUCCUGAUGGGAAUAAAAAUAGCCACAAUGGCUGAUGGACGAGUACAGCUGCUCCAUACAGCAGGGGAGGCUGCUAGUCCAGAAGAUGCUGAGGAUGGAAUGAAAUUUAUGCAGGAGAUGAUUGAGCUUUCUCGUCACCAGCAACAAGAGACUCAACAUGACCCGAUGAUAGUACAGGUCCUUUCUGACCCUUACUUUGGAUCACUGUCCUUCAAGGCUGGACCAGCACAGUUUGGAUACAGUCUGAAAACCAACCCUCCUAUCCAAGGACACGUUGUGAAGGCUGACCCAUUCAGUGCUUGUAGUUCCAUUAAUAACUUUGAGGAAGUGGAAGCGAAAAUUGUCAUCAUUGAGCGGGGCAACUGUAUGUUUGUGGACAAGGCAAGGAAUCUACAAAAAGCUGGUGCUAAAGGCAGCAUUGUAAUAGACAACACUGAGGGGAGUUCCAGUGACAGCCAUGCUCUGUUUGCCAUGUCGGGGGAUGGCCAGCAGGAUGUUGAAAUUCCACUCGUCUUUCUGUUCCACAAGGAGGGGCAGACAAUCCUAAAACUUCUUGAAGAGUUCCCCAAUCUUGAGGUCCUGCUAGGGGAGCGCGAAAUGAACGCAGAAGCAUUCCUUCCCAAGGAGCCACAAUCCCUGAUAGAACAGAACCUGGAAGCGAACGGCCCUACGUGUGGAGGUAACACAGCAAAAAAGGCCAAAGAUCCUGCUACUGAUGAUGCUGGUGACAGCCCCGAUAUUGUACAAACACCAGAAGCAACGGACACAAAGCCUAGCAAACAUCGUGUACACAUACGUGAAACAAGGGAAGGUAACACGUACAGGCUCCCGACAAGCAGUGGCCAUGUCCAGCUUGUUGUGGAUGUAGGACGGACUAUAAACAAGCCAAAGUAUCCCAACAUUGUAGAUAGAGAUGUUAUACAAAUGAAACAUUUGCCAGAUGGUACUAAACAGAUCGUUUUUAAACUUGAUGACCUGACGUCUUCUAAGGUGGUACCAACAACGAAGCCAGAACUUAAUCAGAUAUACGUCAGUGUAGUCCAGGUGUUACAGCAAAGGACGAACUUUGAAACUUUAAGCAAUCAAGCAGAUCAUCUUAUAUCAAUCGCCAGACUGUUAGAGGCAGCUUAUUUUGGUUUUCAAAUACAGGACGCUAAUGAUAAUUCUCAGGAACUGUUUGAUAAACUUGCUGGAUUAUUAGUGAUUAAGCCUUUAAAAUCACACGACGAUCCCAGUGAUGAAAUUGUGCAGGAAAAACAUACAACGAUACCACAUCAAUUUGGGCAUUAUGCAUCUGAAGAAGACUUUAUUGAAGGAAAAUCUACUGAAAAGGACGUAAAAACUAGUAAAUCUUCAAGAGUUUAUGCUAGAAUAAACACAUUAGAGGAAAUAAUAACCAUUACAGAAGACGAAGAGGAGGAGGAAACUGACUCGUCCCAGCCAGCUGGACAGGCUAGGGACCAAACCUCAACAUUCCAAGAAAACGAAAUCGCAGAAGAUGAAGAUGAAGAGUUUUCUCAAAAUGACAUUGUCAUGGAUGAUGAGUCAUUGCCAAAUGAUGUUCAUAUAGAAAAAAGUACUAUGGGACCAAGGAUACCUUCCCGUGUUUCACCAUCAAAGCCAAAAGACAGUAAUACCAUAAUUCAUGCAACAUACCAUUCUGAGGAUGAAACAGAGUCCAAAAGUCAGGGAGAAGAGACGGGGAAUACACCUGAGCGUGACGAGUUAUGAUAACAAAAUUAGUUAAGAUUAUAGAUUUCAAAGGUCCCUUUAGUUCUUAAACGACUUCUGUUGUCCCAAAAUUCUAUAUAUUGUUAUAUUAUAUAGAAAUAUUUUUACAAUCUUUAAUUGUUCAGUGUUGUCAAAUAAGGGCACAAUUUUAUGGUAUUUUUCUUGAAACCAUAUCCAAAAAUAACUUCAAAAGGAGAGGAUGUUGAUGAGUUUUUGCUAAGAAAAAAGUAAACGCAUGUUAUAUUUGUCAUAACGGAUCAAAUUUGUUUACAUGAUGACUUCUCGGCAGGAACAUAAGCCCAAUUUAUGCAUAUAAUGUAUAUCUGCACUUCAGAUGUUACCUAAACGAAUGGUGUUAUAUGUUCAGCAUUUUGACAGAGUACCAGUAUUUCUGUUUUUUCUCCAUGCAUUGUGAGUGCUUCCCAAUUACCACAAAAGUUUUCCAUUUGUAACGAAAGUUGCUGAAUUAUCUCAUAGGAAAAUGGUAGAAAUAUCUAGAAUGAUGGAGAUAGUCAAUGUGAUACCUGUUAUUGUGCCCUAAGGUAUCAGUUCAAUAUUCUUUAUCUACAUAGUUUUAUAACUAGACUGGAGGUGAUUGAACUUUUCGUUUGCUUGAAAUAUCUUUGUUUGUUUUGCAGAAUAUAUUAUUUAAUCUAAAUGUUAAUGACACAGACAAUUUUUACUCAAAUAAUUAUCUUCAUAUUUGGUAAAAUAUUAGAUAUCUUAAAAACGAAGUCUCUUUGGAAUAAAAGGAUGCUCUAUACUUUUGUUCCUGAAUAUUGAUACCUCAAAAUGAGUUUGUUCUUUACAAAGUGAUUUCUUUUAGGUUGAUAUUUGUCAGAUAAUAUUUAUGUAGUUUUGAAUGUGUCAGAUUUUAAGAUGAGUUCCUGCUGACUUUUUGCGAAAAAUUAGAAAGGUACAAACAGUCAUUCCAUCAAUAGCAAAUUGCCAAAAUGAACUGAUUCUAGAUCAUAAAGAAGUUCUAAACUUUCCAUCCAUGCCAUAAGUGAAGAUAAGUGCCAGAAACCCCCCUCAAAAAAAUACUUUAUACUUGCACUGGCACAGUGAACCUGUCAUAAGUGACUGUUGGAAAACUAAAAUUUUAGUGAACAAAUUUUGCCUGUUACACUAUGAGGCUCAUUUUAUUAGCUAGAUGGAAGCAUAAUAUCAUGUGUAUUUUGAGGCUCAGGUAAAUACUAGGUCACUUUUUAGCUGACUUGAGCGAUCAUGUGAGCUAUUGCCUUAUGUCUUUCUGUCUUCUUCUGUCUCCAUGUAUCAUACCAAUUCAUGACAUGUUUUCGACUUUGUCUUCAGAAGCACUAAACUGAUAGACUUCGAAGUUGGUACAAAUGUUUCCUACGAUAUCCCAACCAAGUGUUCUUAAUAUUGUUAUCGCAAAUUUGAAAAUCCAAGAUUGCUGCCCUAGGGUCUGAUUUGCUGAGACAUUUUUGACUUCUUCUCAAGAACAGCAGCACUGAUUAACUCUGAGUUUCCUACGAUAUCCCAACCAAGUGUUCUUAAUAUUGUUAUCGCAAAUUUGAAAAUCCAAGAUUGCUGCCCUAGGGUCUGAUUUGCUGAGACAUUUUUGACUUCUUCUCAAGAACAGCAGCACUGAUUAACUCUGAAUUUUUUUACAACAUAAGAAUUCCCAAACAGGUCUUCUUACUUUUCGUGCCAAUCCAAAAUUUCAAGAUGGCCUGUGGCUUCUGAUUGACUGAGACAUUUUCGAUUUGAACUCAUGUGACUGAAAAGGCAGCUUUGGCCUCUUGUGUUUUAUUUUAAUUCGCGUAUCCGGUUGAACCUGUAAAGAAAAUGACAGGCACAGAUCUGGACAGAGGC